GCUGGGGGAGGGGCGGCGCCGCUCCACUUUUCACCGCGGGCGGGCGGCUGUUGCUAUCAAUCCAGCAGCCGGGGACGGAGGUUGAUCUCGCCUGCUUCUGUCGCGGUCUCGAAGGUGAACGGAGCGCGUAUAUUUUUUAGGGAGAUCAACUACACAAUUAUGCCUGAAAUAAAUACAGAUCAAUUGGAUGAGCAGCAAGUGCAGUUGCUGUCAGAGAUGUGCAUCCUAAUAGAUGAAAAUGACAACAGGAUUGGUUCAGACACAAAGAAAAACUGCCACCUGAAUGAAAACAUUGACAAAGGAUUAUUGCAUCGUGCCUUCAGUGUCUUUUUGUUCAACACAGAGAAUAAGCUACUGUUGCAACAGAGAUCAGAUGCCAAAAUCACUUUUCCAGACUGUUUUACCAAUACUUGUUGCAGUCAUCCACUAAGCACCCCCCUUGAACUGGAAGAAUAUAAUGCCAUUGGCGUUCGAAGAGCAGCGCAGAGAAGACUGAAAGCUGAGUUAGGAAUUCCACUGGAUCAGGUCACCCCAGAAGAAAUCUUCUAUCUAACCCGAAUUCACUACAAAGCCCAGUCCAAUGGAAUUUGGGGAGAACAUGAAAUAGAUUACAUCCUUUUCGUGCAGAAGAAUGUAACGCUGGAUCCAGAUCCCAAUGAAAUUAAAAGCUACUGCUAUGUGACACAAGAAGAAUUGAGAAAACUCCUGGAAAAGGCUUCUCAAAAUGAAAUUAAGAUUACUCCAUGGUUCAAACUAAUUGCAGAGGCGUUUAUCUUUAAGUGGUGGGAUAACUUGAAUAAUUUGAAGAGAUAUGUUGACCAUGAUAAGAUACACAGAAUGUAACAGAUUAGGCUGUUCUAAAAUAUACCUUAAUUUUUUCAUGCUGAGUAAGUUCAUUGAACCAAUGUAUUUGUAGAUUGAUUGCAACAUAGAAAAUUAGGAAUAGGCCCCCUUAAGUGGAAAUUAGAUAUUUACCUCACAUUGCAUAGCUGGCUUGCCCCUGGAAUAAUAUUUCUUUUCCUUUCAUUUCAUGGUAUUAAUAAAAAGUCAUUAACAAGU